UUUUCCAUGAGCUUUUGAAACGGGGACAGAAGCAUUUCAUAUGAGAUUUCCAUCUCCCUCUUUUUCUCCAUCAGUGUUAAAGGCCACCUGGAGCUCCUCUCAUUGCUGACAUGAUGACAGUGUGCAGGCCAGCCAAGGGCAGCCAGAGCCAGACUGCAAACCUGAGCUACAGAUUGGCUGACAAGGUCAAGGUGGAAGGUCCAACGAUUGGGGAAGCCCCUCUAAGGCAACUCUUUCAAUCCUACAUUCCUUCCCCCAAGACUGAUCGAGAGUCGCCCUUCAGAAGGAACCCCCUGGAAAGCCUAAAUAACCUCAUGCUGGAGGCAAGAAUGGACAUGUUCAGCUCAAACAUGAUCAUCAGUGGCCCAGCUGUAGACCUUGGCCCCAACGAAGCCAGCAGGGCUGGGAGGAAGCAGCUAGGUGGUGUCCAGAACCUGCGCCCUUGCACCCGAGCUGGAGCCCGGCACAAGGCUUUUAGCAUAAAGGACAAGAUAUCUGAGUGGGAAGGCAAAAAGGAGUUGCCCACUGCAGCACCCAGCAGGCUAGUGGAUGAGCAAGAGGAUUACGGGCCGUCCUGCAUGUUGGAGAGAGGUAGCAGCGAGGUCGUGAGAACUCGGGUCGCAGAGGGUAAGAAUGGAAUGAGGCCCGAAACAGAGAGCCUGGAAAGUGAGAGGUGGAGAGGGGCAGUGAACGUUGGGGGUCCGGACAUAGAGAGGAGGCCAGACCUUGGCCAUCUCGAAGGGGAACCAGAGGCCUGUGGGAACAGAGGCCGGGAGCCGAGGCUCUGGAAGCCACACUUCCAGAAUGACCACCUCUCGGUGCUGAAGCAGGUCAAGAAACUGGAGCAGGCAUUGAAGGACGGGUCAGCGGGCUUGGAUCCCCAGUUGCCGGGAACAUGCUAUUCCCCACACUGCCUGCCUCACAAGGCAGAGGAGGAGCCCCAGCCUCCUGAGAACCACCGGGGUGGCGUAGAAGCUGACCGCAGGGGCCACCACUUGGAUCUAGAGGACAGGGAGCCCACCUCUGAGGCUACAGAGGGGUCCCCUACAAAGCCCUUCAUCAACCCCCUGCCCAAACCCCGGAGAACGUUCAAACAUGCCGGAGAGGAAGACAAGGAUGGGAAUCCAGGCACUGGCUUCAGGAAAGAGAAAAGAAACCUGCCUCCCCUGCCUUCCCUGCCUCCCCCACCGCUGCCCUCGUCCCCGCCUCCUGCCUCUGUGAACAGAAGGCUCUGGACCGGAAGGCAGAGACCCAGUGCUGACCACAGAAAGUCCUAUGAGUUCGAAGACUUACUGCAGUCUUCCUGCGAGAACAACAGGGUGGACUGGUAUGCACAGACUAAGUUGGGGCUCACACGCACUUUAUCAGAGGAGAACGUCUAUGAAGACAUUCUAGAUCCACCAAUGAAGGAAAACCCUUAUGAAGACAUCGAAUUACAUGGCCGCUGCCUGGGCAAGAAAUGUGUCUUGACCUUUCCUGGUUCUCCCACCUCUUCCAUACCUGAUACUCCCACCAAGCAAUCAUUCUCCAAACCUGCUUUUUUCCGGCAAAAUUCAGAGAGGUGGAACUUCAAACUGCUGGACGCUAGGAAGUUGAGUCGGGAUGGAACUGGGUCCCCUUCCAGAAUUAGCCCCCCCUCCACACCCAGCAGUCCUGAUGACACUUUCUUUAACCUUGGAGACCUACAGAAUGGCAGGAAGAAGAAAAAGAUCCCCAAGCUGGUGUUGCGAAUCAACGCCACUUACGAGGCCCGGAGAGGAAAGAAACGGGUGAAGAGGUUGUCCCAGUCCACGGAGAGCAACUCAGGAAAAGUGACAGACGAGAACAGUGAGUCUGACAGUGACACCGAGGAGAAGCUGAAAGCUCACAGCCAGCGCCUGGUCAACGUGAAGUCUCGCCUGAAGCAGGCCCCUCGGUACCCACUGCUUGACCGGGAGCUCAUUGAGUACCAGCAGAGGCAGCUCUUCGAGUACUUUGUAGUGGUGUCUUUGCACAAGAAGCAGGCCGGGGCUGCAUAUGUGCCGGAACUGACCCAGCAGUUCCCUCUGAAGUUGGAAAGGUCUUUCAAGUUCAUGAGAGAGGCUGAAGACCAGCUGAAGGCUAUUCCCCAGUUCUGUUUCCCUGAUGCCAAGGACUGGACUCCUGUCCAGCAGUUUACCAGUGAAACCUUCUCGUUCGUAUUGACUGGAGAAGACGGGAGCAGAAGGUUUGGUUAUUGCCGGAGACUACUGCCUGGAGGCAAAGGGAAGCGUCUUCCUGAAGUGUACUGCAUUGUGAGCCGCCUGGGAUGCUUCAGUCUCUUUUCAAAGAUCUUGGAUGAGGUGGAAAAACGACGUGGCAUCUCUCCUGCCCUGGUCCAGCCCCUCAUGAGGAGUGUCAUGGAGGCCCCUUUCCCAGCCCUGGGCAAAACCAUUAUUGUUAAGAACUUCUUGCCUGGUUCAGGGACUGAGGUGAUCGAGCUGUGCCGCCCACUGGACUCCCGGCUUGAACACGUGGAUUUUGAGUCUCUCUUCUCCUGCCUCAGUGUCCGCCACCUGGUCUGUGUUUUUGCCUCCCUGCUUCUGGAAAGGAGGGUCAUAUUCCUUGCAGACAAGCUCAGCACCUUAUCCAAGUGCUGUCAUGCCAUGGUGGCGCUCAUCUACCCCUUCAGCUGGCAGCACACCUACAUCCCCGUGCUGCCACCUGCCAUGAUCGACAUAGCGUGCUCACCCACCCCCUUCCUCAUUGGGCUGCUGUCCAGCUCGCUGCCACUGCUCAGGGAGCUGCCACUGGAAGAGGUCCUGGUGGUCGACCUCAUCAACAGUCGGUUCCUCAGACAGAUGGAGGACGAGGAUUCCAUCCUACCCCGGAAGCUUCAGGUGGCCCUGGAACACCUUCUGGAGCAGCGGAAUGAGCUGGCCUGUGACCAGGAUGGAGGGCCCCUGGACAGCACAGCUGGCCCUGAUGCCAGCCCCCUGAACCAGGUGGUGUCCGAAGCCUUUGUGCGCUUCUUCGUGGAGAUCGUGGGCCACUACUCCUUGUUCCUGACGCCCGGGGAGCGCGAGGAGAGGACCUUGCAGCGAGAGGCCUUCCGUAAAGCUGUCUCCUCCAAGAGCCUCCGCCGCUUCCUGGAGGUCUUCAUGGAGACCCAGAUGUUUCGGGGCUUCAUCCAGGAGCGGGAGCUGCGCCGGCAGGAUGCCAAGGGUCUGUUUGAGGUCCGAGCCCAAGAAUAUCUAGAGACACUCCCCAGCGGAGAGCACAGCGGUGUCAAUAAAUUCCUGAAAGGACUGGGCAAUAAAAUGAAGUUUCUCCACAAGAAAUAAUCAACUCAACCUCAAGGGAAAUUUCCUCCCAGUAUGACCACCAGUUUUAAACACAGUUCCUGGUGGCCUUUCUGAAAGGUGGCCCCAGGUUGUCCCAGCACAGAAUCCAGGGCAAGUGCAGCCACCAGCUGUCCGAGGCACUUCUUCAGAACUGCCCUGCAAGGGAGCCACCCACAUGCAAACAUACUUGGUGGUUGGUUUUUGGAUUUGGGCUUUUUAAUCUCAAUAUUAAAAAAAAAAAAAAAGAAAGAAAGAACGAAAGAAAGAAAAGUGUUCAGGUUUCCUUUUUAUUAUGCCAGGGCUAAGAAAACUAUGCCCUACUUUAUCUCCCCCUGGGUCCAGAGGAGGGGAGGAGAUGGGAAGGAGCAGCUACUGAGGAAUAGGAUCAAUAGGAUCCGGUGUGCCUGGGAACAGGUGGGGGCUUCGAGGGGAGGACAGAGUGAGGACUGGUGACCCCUGCAGACAGACGCCCCCGUGCAGAAUCGGCCCUUUCUUGGGUGGAAUGGAGUCCAAGCAGAAGGAGUGGCUCUUCCCAGCUGGUCAGUGAUGCCACCUGGUGGCUGAGGCCACAGACCUCUGUCUUCCCAAAGAGACUUGACUCUUAACUGCCUUUUUUCUCUUAGAAGCCAUAGAACCACCCACACUCAUUUAGCCCGUGACUUUUAGUGAUACACAAAAAGAAGAAAUCUUGUAAACUGUUAAUAAAAUGUUGUUGGGGUCCUAAAAUUUAUGCUAUAGGGUUGGGAGGUAGCUCAGUGGCAUAGUGUUUGCCUCACAUAUGUGAAGCCCUGGAUUCAAUCCCCAGUCCCAAAAAAGAAGAAAAGACCCCAAGUAAAGUUUAUGAUUCUGUGUGAAUCCCAGGCCACUAAGCUGUGUGAAGAGCUCCCAUCUCAUUUCAGGGACCCAUCUCAGCCUAAAUGACAGUACCAUGCAGGACAAAUGGGAGGGGCUUUUGUCAUUGAUGUUGUAAACAAGAGCCAGGAGCAAGGUGGUGGGGAUGGCUUCCUUAGACUUACACAGCCAGAGAUUUUUGUGUCCUGUGGACCAGAAGAGGCAAGGUCCAGGAGGAGCCACAGUCUGAGAGCUGUCCUGUGGGGGGGCAGUAGGGAAGUAGCCCCGUGUGCAGCACACACAGAUUCUCAGAGUGGUCCUCAGGGCCAGCCACCACCCCUGCAUACCCUAUUGCUGGGUCCCCUCUGGAUGCCAGGAAAAUGAGGAAGAGUUGUUGACACCCAUUCUGCAUUAGAUGUUCUUACUUCAGCUGGAGUCAGGGCCAUACCAUUCUACACUUGAAGCCCAGGUGGUGCCACUAUUUGUGUUUUCAAGGGAGAGGACCUGUGGUUACAUCAGAUUCCCAAAGACUUCCCCAAAAUGGUAGGGACCAGGCUCUACAUAAAAAUUAACCCAAGUAGGUGGGGAAGCUGGAAUGAGAUCUGAGUGUAGGAAUUUGUAUCUAGCAAGCUCCUCAGAUUUGUUAACUAUUAAUAGCAAAAUUCUGUGUAUUUUUAUAUUGCUCAGAAAUUAUCUCUUAACAUUUUGGAAUAUACUUUCUUCUCUAACUUAUUUUCUAUUAUUUGUUUACCUAAGACCUUCAGUGAAUAAACAUACAUCUUUAUCAACAUUCCUAA